AAACAGAUGCCACGUGCAGAGAAAGAACAGCAUGCCCGAGACGAGAAAUGAACUCAGGGCAGCCAACCUUCACUGUAUUGGUGACAGGCGCUAACAGCGCUAACCGUUGCGCCACCGGGCCGCCGAGAGUAACAUUAGAACAAGAAUAAUGGAAGCGGAGAUAACUUUGUUUUGUCUCUAAAUAAAUGCUCCAUUCCUGAAAGUUUUCUCCCGUGUGUGCUUAUGACUUGGAUUCUGGCGGAGAUGAAGUUCUUCACAAAUUGUUGAUCACAAACUCGAGUUUUCCAAUGUCCUGAUCAGAGCGGCCAUCUUAGCUUUUAAAGUAACGAAUCAUUGUCUGCACGUCUUGCACGCUUAACAACAACAACAACAACAACAACACCAACAGCAACAGCAACAACAACAACCAUGGAUGAAAACUUAUCGCGAGGCUAUUGUCAGCUCAACUCUCCUCCUCAAGGACGGCGGAAGCAGAAGACUUCCGGGACACGUGAUCACAUCACGCCCCCACGUGACCCGUGCAGCUGCGUGUACUUGGCGCUGGUGCUGGCUGGGGCGGGGUUUCUCCUCCCCUACAACAGCUUCAUCACAGCCGUUGACUACUACCAGAAGCGCUACCCGGGAUCUACGAUCGUCUUUGACAUGAGCCUCACCUACAUCGUCGUUGCUUUUGUCAGUGUUAUCAUCAACAAUGCCCUCAUAGAGGUUCUGCGCAUGCCCGUGCGCAUCACGUUCGGCUAUAUCCUGUCGUUCAUCACGCUCAUGUGUAUUGCCCUCUGUGACCUGUGGUUCGAACUCUUCCCGGCGGACAUCGCCUACCGCGUGACGCUGACUGCCGUUGGCGUGGUGGCCGUUGGCUCCACAGUGCAGCAGUCCAGUUUCUAUGGCUACACAAGCAUGCUCCCCUCCCGCUACACGCAGGCUGUCAUGACAGGAGAGAGCCUUGCGGGCGUGCUGGUGUCUGCAAACCGAAUUUUGACCAAAGCCUUGCUGAACGAUGAGCGGAUCAACACAAUUAUUUUCUUCUGCGUGUCCAUCGGCAUUCUCCUCGCCUGUUUCGUUGUCUUCCACGUCGCUCGGCGCUCCAACUUCGUCAAAUUCUACGUCAUGCUGUGUGCGGCCACCGCCGACAACCUCGACCACAAGGAGAAAAAGCUGACGUCACAACUGUCGUACACAGAGGACGUAAGCUUAGUAGACUUCCAGGACCAAGAGUCCAACCAGAGGUACGGAGUUCUUGUCAUCCACAGUCCCAGUGAGGUCAACCGCGCCUUUCAGCCUCCAGAAAUUGCUGGGUCAGGAGACAGGACCGGUCAUCGGCCCUCCCAGGCGACUAGCAUGGCUGGAUGUGACGAAGAAACAUGCCUGAGCCAAGUGUCAGAGGUUACCUUCACUCAGUCCCAGUCCUACAAGAUCCACGUCCCCAAGGUGUCGGCCAUCAAACGCGGGCUGCUGACGAGGUACGAGGUGUCCCGCAGUGUGUGGCCCUACAUGUUGUCCAUCUGCCUCGCCUACUUCGUCACGCUCUGCCUCUUUCCUGGUAUCGAGUCCGAGGUGGUCAGCUGCACCCUGGGUACCUGGAUGCCCGUUAUCAUGAUGGCGGCGUUCAACCUGAGCGACGUCAUUGGGAAGAUUCUGGCCUCCAUCCCGUGCGACUGGCCCCCCGGCCGCCUGCUGCUGUGCACGUUCUGUCGCGUGCUGUGCGUGCCCCUCCUGAUGCUGUGCGCCUCUCCUCGUCUUCAUCCUGUCAUCGCCGGCGAGGCGUGGCCCAUCGUCUUCUCGCUGGUGCUGGGGCUCAGCAACGGCUACUUCGGCAGCGUCCCCAUCAUCCUGGCGCCCGAGCAUGUCCCGGAUGAGCAGCGAGAGAUAUGUGGCAACAUCAUGACCUUGUCCUACAGCCUCGGUCUCACCACGGGAUCCGCAGCAGCCUACUUGCUAGACUACUGGCUGGGGCCCGUCAUGACCAUCGACCCCUGCGCACCUGCUGUGCACAACGUCACUUCCUCUUUAGUUUAUCAAUCUUCUUCCACUGUCGGCCCUCCGUAGUCCCUGUUGUCUCAAUGUGUCGUUGAUUGUAAAAACGGACUGAAGGUAAUUGUAGCCAUUGUUGUUGUUGUUGCUGUUGAAUGUUUGCAGUCAUAUUCUAAUUAUGAUGACUGAUGAUGUGAGAAGAUGCUCAAGGCCAGACUGUGUAAGUAGUAUUCACUGGAUACACUGCUCUUUCGAUGAAAAGGACGAAGACAGACAAAGGGAGGGCAGAUACACCGUCAUCGGGACUGACCUGGUCGUGCUCCUAGUUUCUCAUAAGAUCCUUCACCUGACAGGUUUCAAACUUGUGACGACAGUACAAACCGUCUAUCACGUGAUGAGAGAGAGAAGAAGGAGUGCUUUGUUGGCAGUCGUUGUUCACACAUCCGGGAAGGCAACGGACAAAUCGAUGACGUGUGAUAUUUUGCUGUGAAUGAGGAGAACGUAAAAUGGUUAUGCAUAAAAUAUUUUUUCUGUC